UUGACAAUCAUCAUCAUAAUCAUAAACUCAAAGCGGAAGAAGGGCACCCAAUUAUUAUAUCUACGGGAGAGUGUCCGAUCUGCAAAUCAAGGAAGAAAAGUACCCUUUUUGGCAUUACAAUCAUGUCUUCAACGUUUACCGGCGAUGAAACGGCUCCUUUCUUCGGCUUCCUUGGCGCAGCUGCUGCCUUGGUCUUUUCCUGUAUGGGAGCAGCGUACGGUACGGCAAAGAGCGGUGUAGGAGUGGCUUCGAUGGGUGUGAUGAGACCCGAGCUGGUCAUGAAAUCUAUCGUUCCUGUUGUUAUGGCUGGUGUGUUGGGUAUUUAUGGUUUGAUUAUUGCUGUUAUUAUUAGCACUGGAAUCAACCCUAAGGCCAAACCCUAUUACCUUUUCGAUGGCUAUGCACAUUUGUCAUCUGGCCUUGCCUGUGGUCUCGCUGGUCUUGCCGCCGGCAUGGCAAUCGGCAUCGUGGGUGAUGCUGGUGUCAGAGCGAAUGCUCAGCAACCAAAGCUUUUUGUUGGGAUGAUCCUGAUUCUCAUCUUUGCUGAAGCUCUUGCUCUAUAUGGGCUUAUUGUGGGCAUUAUUCUAUCUUCCCGAGCUGGUCAAUCUAGAGCAGAAUAAAAGAACAGAGCUUGAUUCUCACUCGGCUAUUGUGUGCCUCGUAUUUGCGGGUUUCAGUGUUAUUACCAUUUUGUGGUUAGUAUUCACUCCCGAGAUUUAUUUUAUAGGACAUUGCUUUGUCAUAUGGUGGUGGUACUUUGUAUAUUGGAGUUGGUUCUUCUUUCUUGCCCCAAAAAUAAUUUCAAUUUUUUGGCCUGUUUGUAACAGUGGUACUUUGUAGAAUUUACUUAUUUGUACUCCUCCUUUUGGUGGAGAUGGAUCUUAGUGUUUCCGAUUGUUUUGGAAAAUAAAUGGUGGGUUGAUGCGACCCUAUUUUAAUAUUACAAAAUUUAGUUGCCCUUGC